CACGGCUCUCUGGUGAUAGCCAAUCACGCCUCUCUAAAAGUGACGUCGACGUAUCGACCAAGCGUUUCCAAGAUGGUGCUUGAAAGUACUAUGGUCUGUGUUGACAACAGUGAAUACAUGCGAAAUGGAGACUUCCUACCCACCAGACUACAAGCCCAGCAGGAUGCUGUCAACAUCGUGUGUCACACCAAAACCCGCAGCAACCCUGAGAAUAACGUGGGCCUCAUCACACUUGCCAAUAACUGUGAAGUGUUGACUACCCUGACCCCUGAUACGGGACGGAUUUUGUCCAAACUGCAUGCCGUCCAGCCCCUUGGCAAUAUUAAUUUCACCACUGGCAUCAGAGUGGCCCAUCUGGCUUUGAAACACAGACAAGGGAAGAACCACAAGAUGAGAAUCAUCGCCUUUGUGGGCAGCCCUGUGGAGGACACAGAGAAAGAUCUUGUGAAGAUGGCUAAGCGUCUAAAAAAGGAGAAAGUUAGUGUGGACAUCAUCAACUUUGGAGAGGAGGAGCUGAACACAGAGAAGCUGACUGCCUUCGUGAACACCCUGAAUGGCAAAGAGGGCACCGGCUCCCACCUGGUGACAGUGCCCCCGGGCCCCAGCCUGGCCGAUGCCCUGCUGUCCUCCCCCAUCCUUGCCGGCGAGGGGGGCACCGCCAUGGGCCUGGGUGCCAGCGACUUCGAGUUUGGAGUGGACCCGAGUGCAGACCCGGAACUGGCUCUGGCCUUGAGGGUGUCCAUGGAGGAGCAGAGGCAGAGGCAGGAAGAGGAGGCUCGCAGGGUAUCUGCUGCAGAGGCCGGUGUCCCCUCCCCUACCACAGAAGCAGAGUCGGACAAUGCCCUUCUAAAGAUGUCAGUGCCCGCCUCAGACGCUGGCACCCCUGUGCUGCCUGACUUCAGCCGCAUGACAGAGGACGAGCAGAUUGCCUAUGCGCUACAGAUGAGCAUGCAGGGAGGAGAGUUUGGUGCAGAGGCUAUGGAUGUAGACGCUGGGGCUGCCGCUGAGGAAACUAAGGAUGAGGAGGACUACGACGUGAUGCAGGACCCAGAGUUCCUGCAGAGCGUUCUGGAGAACCUCCCGGGCGUGGACCCCAACAACGAGGCCAUCCGCAACGCCAUGGGCUCCCUAGCCUCGCAGACCGGGCCCAAGCCAGACAACAAGAAGGACGAGAAGAAGAAAUGAGAAUAGUAAUAAUAAUAAUUGGCCUCUGAUCAUAACUCAUUAUACCUGAUAAGACAAAAAAACAUGGUCUGGCAGCGAAUAUUCUUUUGAGAAGUGUGUGUGUGCGUGUGUGUGCGUCUGUGAGCGUGCGUGCAUGGGGGUGCAUGUGUAGGGAGAGACUUAUUUCCAAGCCAAACCUCCUGCAAGGCUUUGUUUGUAUCCAUUACACAAUUAUCUUAUUUCCUUUUGCACCAAGGUCUUGGUUAAAUACUUUGUGCUGUUAUUAAAGUCGGGUAUCUGUUAA